UUCUAACCCUAAACUCAUUGAGACCCAUUUGGUAAAGGUAAAGUUUGAAUUUCUGCAGGUUCAAGCCGCUCCGCCUCUUCAUCUCUGAACUGACCAGAACGCUUCGCCUUUUCAUCUGAACUGACCAGAACGCUUCGCCUCUUCAUCUGAAGCUGACCAGAACUUCGGUUGCUAUAGUGCUUCACAGUCGACAGAACUCGACCACGUCACCAAAGCAACACCAUCUCCAAAAUCCAUUUUCUGUUGUGUGUGCAGUGAUCAUACUAAUCUUUAUUGCUGUGGAAAAGAUUCUCCCCAAAGUUGGAACGAUGCCGCCAAAAAGAAAGUUUAAGCACAUCCCACCUAUAGCAUCUGCUGCUCCUCAAAACUCCAGUAAUCGAAGCCCAUCUCAUCACGAACAAGGGCAGCAGUCUAUUCCAUCACCUCUUCCCGUUUCAGCACCUUCAACAACCCAUUCUGGUGUAAACACGAUAGCUCAAUCGACUCCUGCCCAUGAGGCAUCCAAUGAAUGUCGUUUCUCAGCGCUUGACUGGUUGGAGUGCAGCAACUCCUCAUGACAAGGAACUUGCCCAUAGGCGUCUGCAAGAAAAAUUUGAUGUUGAUUUAAAUGAUGGACAAAUGUUCGAAAUUGUUGAAAGACAUUGUCGUGAAAGGUACAAAGAACAUCGAAGUACAUGUCAUAAAAAAUACAAAGAAUUGAAGCUAGAGGGAAAGGAUCCAAUACAACAUAAGCCGUCUAUCGUUAAAACACAAGAUGAUUGGGAGUGGAUGUGUGCACACUUCGAAAGCGAGGGGUUUCUGAAGCGCUCUGCAGCCGCGACACGUAACCGAGCAAAAAUUCCAUAUAAUCAUCAUGGUGGGACAAUAUCUUUCGUUGCAACUAGGGAAGCACUGUCUACACAGGAAGAACCAGUUGGUCCCAUCGAAUUAUUUAGGAGGAUGCAUUCAACAGCAAAAGGACGGGAUAACCAACUAGUCGAGUCGCAUUACAAAGAGAUGGUAGAGUUGCAACAAUCACAAUUACAGUUAGAGGAUCAUGCAUCCAUCAUGGAUGAAACAGCAAUACGCGCUCAAGUUAUUGGUAGGAGUGCUGGAACUAUUUCUGGUAUUGGGCCUGCUCCGCACAAGUCAUAUAUCAACACAAGGAAAGCUCCUUCCAAAGUUAUAGAACUGUUGGAACUUCUUACUCAGAAGGAUAAGGACAAAACGGAACAGUUGGAACUUCUUACUCAGAAUGAUAAGGACAAGGAUAAUCUUAUUAGCCAGCUUACAUAGCGCCUCGAGCAACAAGCUUUACUUAUCCAGAGUAUUAUUGCACGAAUGGACGUGAGUCAGCAUCCUUCUACUGGGCCGACUAAUGAUCCGCCUCCGCCACCUCCACCUCCACCACCUCCAUCGGUUGGUGCCGUAGUAUUGUGAUUAUAUUACUGAAGUUAUAAGGAAAAUAUGGCAAGUUCAAAAAUUUGGACCUAUGGUAGUCAAGGUGCUUUCCAGGUUUAAUCAUUUUUGGAAUUAAGGACGAUCAGGUUCCUUUGAUAAUCAUACAAACAAAUGAUGGAAAGAAAUAUCUAAAGCCAAAUGUUGAUCAGAUUGCAGCAUGGGUCGUGGACUUUACGUUAUGAACUACGGUAAUGUGCAACCAUAUAAAAAGUCAGAGCCCAUUCCUGAGGCCAACAAUGAACCUGUUAAGUGGUGGUUGCUGACAACGUGCAUGGUCUUCAACUCAGGGAAAAAUGCGAACAUCUGAAGCUCACGGAAAAAUUUCAAAGUCGGAGCCUAAAGACAAAAUUUUUUAAGCGCCUCUGAUAUACAAAGGGUGCCCUGCACAUUCUUCUAGAACGGUUAUCUUGUGGGUUUAGUGAUCAUUGGGAUGCUUAUGAUGCAAGAUGAUGAAAGAAUCGCUUACUUUUUGUUUAUUGUACACCAUUUGUGUUUAAAGUGUAGACUCAUUUUUUAUUAGGGUGCAUGACAUAUUUUGUAAUUAAUUGUAGGACAUUUAAAGUUAUGUAAUGACUAUUUGUAAUUCUUUUAUAUGCAAUUGCAAUUAUUCUUUUGUAGU